AUGAGAACGCACAAAGAACCAACACACACUGGGCAAGCCGAGCCCAAUAGAUGAAAUUAGGUAGAAAGGAACAAUGUACAUGUGGCUCAGGGGAAGGAAGGAAGGAAGGAAGGAAGGAAGGAAGGAAGGAAGGAAGGAAGGAAGGAAGGUGGAAACCGUACAGAGUAAAAAACAACAAACAAACAAACCCACAAGCAACUCAGGGCAAGGGAGGAAGCUGCUCAGAGCAGGGGAGGAAGGUGGGCUGGAAAACCUAAGGAACACAGCCCAACUCCAGUCAAGAAGGAGCAAAACACCACAGUUUAAGGGCAAAGAUAAGAGGCAGGGAACAAGCACUCGGAGCAGAGGGGGAAGCUGGACUGAAGAAACCUAAGGAACGCAGCUCACACUCCUGUCAGGAAGGAGCACAGCACACAAACAGUUUAGGGCAAUGAGAGAGCUGACAGGAGGGAACAAGGUUUAGGGAAAUGGCAGAGGAAAGGGAAAUCAGAUUUGAAGGGGUCUCCAGGAGCGCUCCAAAGCCCUGCCUGCACAAGCCCAUCCGUGAAACUCCCCUCGCAGCGGCUGCAAACAUAGAAAUGGGGGGAUGUAAAGGUGCAGUCAAGUGCAGCAUUCCAACAGAGGACUAACGGCCUCCAUGUUCUAACUGGUUGCUGUGACAACCAGUUUGUCAGUUGCUGGUAGUUUUGAAAGAUAACUGCUCAGUUGCAGUCACCUCAGGACCAACUUCCCUCUGGUAUAGUUAAUUUGCUUGUUAUGUAACCUAAGCCUGCCUUCAGGUACAGUUCUGUAAACCUGAAUGAAUCUGAGAGUAAAAGAGCUGUAUAUUAACAUGAAUCAGAUUUGUGUGUAUAUUCUUUAAGAGGGAUUCAAAGGGAUUUUUAACCAGGAAGGCAUCUUUAUUACUAGAACUCAGGUGAGUAAGCAACAAGCUGAUCGCUGCAUAAACUUAUAAAGGGAAUUGUUUAACUCUGCUAAAGUAAACCUUCCCACAGAAACCUGCUUUGCUCCAAGUGCCAGAACCCAGAGGGGUUAAGUUGAAAUAAAAUCCUGUGCUGGUGAGCAGCGCGCUGAGGAAAACCAAGCAAUCCCUGGCAUGAAAGUCCCUGUCGCAGCGUUGCAGCCAAGGCAUUUAGGGACUUCAAAAUUAACGAAACUAGAACAAAGCAAAGGACCCACAAACAGCAUGUGGUAAGUAAGCGAGAUCUGUGCGUGCAGGAACCAAACAGGCAGAGCCGGGGCCGGGGCCACUUAAAUGUGGCAAACCAUGCCCCCAGCUAGCCAGAUUGGCCAGCUGAGGGCGUGGCAUGGGCCUGGGACUCCCUGUGACGCAGGGGGCCCAACCACGCCCCCCUGUGAAGCACGGGGAGCAAAUCCCGCUCACAACUCCUCCCCUUGUGAAAGAGAAGAAGUUAAAUCAAAUAAUUGAGAAUGGGUAUAAGAGACUAUCUCUAACCCUUUAAUACCAGUAGCUUAUGAAAAGGAUUGAAAAAAAGAACAAAACACUUUGUUUUUAAAAAACCAAACAAACCCACUGCUUAACCCACUGCUUUCUAGAGUCCUUCUGCAUACCUCCAGAGAACCAGCUAUUCAUAUUUUCAAGGCAGAACUAUACAUGUUUGAUAUAGGGGUGUUCUCAGCAGCUCUGCGGCUUUAGAUGGUGCCAACACUAUGGCCCAUCUUCAGGUGCUUGUAGCAAUAGUCUAGAAAGCCCAGAGCAGCCUAACCUUGGUAAUGUUUUAUUGAAAUACACUAUGUACUUCAAGGACUCACAGAGACUGUCCCCACCAAACUCUGGAGUUCCUUUUCUUUUAAGGCUUGCCAAAGUCCAUGCCUGUACUUCUUCAAAGAAUGGCAUGAAACUGCCUUUGGGGGUCUGGGAUAGGGAAGUAGAGAAAAGAAAAAACCCUGCUACCCACUCAAGGCAUUGGGACUGGGAACGACAUAAGCUCCAAACGAAACAAUUAAAAUUGAUACCAUUCAUGAGAUGGCUGUAGACAUUCAUCUGCUUACUUAGCUGCAGUCAUUUCAACUAAAUGAAAGACAGAACAAAUUAAUUUUACACAGCACAUACUGUUGUGUUUGUUUUCACUUAGGUAUUUGGUUAAAUUGAAACAAUUAAUUUUUGUUGCUGCAGUUUUGCUCAUGAUAUAAUGGUUCAGUUGUUCAUUGGUCCUGUUUAUAUGAUUUUGUAAUUUUUGUACAUCCAUUGUUUCCCCCCUGUUUGUUUUUAUUACUUUAUGCCCUGGUCUGGGAUUGAGAACAUUAAAUGGGGUGGGUGGGCUAUAAAUACUGCAAAUAAAUAUAAUAAAUAAGUGACAGAGCCAAUAGAGCCAAGAUGCAGCACAUGCUACCUGGGACAGCAAGCCCACUUGCAGGUAGUGCCUGGAAAUUCUUGAAAGCAUAGAGGAUGAGUCGUACUGGACUCAAAGGCCUAGCUAGUCUGGCAUUCUGUUCCUACAGGGCACAACUUGAUGCUUCUGGGAAGCACACAAGCAGGAGGUGAGGGGAGAUCAUCUCCUUCCCAAUCGUGUUCUCCAGCGACUGGGAUUCUGAGGCUGUUGCCUCUGAUGCUGGAGGUAAUAUAGAGUCACCAUGACUAGUAGCAACCGAUUAGCCUUAUCUUUUGCCUAGUCCCAUGCCAAAACUAAAUUGGGGACCAUCAGUGUAUCUUGUGGACGCAAAUUCCAUAGUUUAGAUUGCUAAACUGUGUGAAGGACUUACAUGGAGGUAACUUUUUAAAUAUUAUUAUGCUGAUUGGCAAUAGCUCAUUGUGCACUUUACCUUGAGAGAUUAGCAAGAUACUGGCUUGACUCUGUGCUUGUUGGCAACGGUGCUGCCUUUAUAGCUCAACUGUGUAGGUUCAGAGCAGGUAGCUACUACAAUCUGGGUGUGUUGUCAUUUUGUGUUAAAGAACUAUUUAUUCCAUUCCUGACUAAUGUAAUUGCCUGCAAUAGAUCAUAGAGAUAUAAGGAAACAUUGCACUGAACAUUUUGUGCCUAUCUCAGAAGGUUGAAAUUCAUUCUCAUUAUGCUCAAGGAUUAGCACUGGGGGGAGUCCAAAGUGCAUAUGAAUGAAUUAAGAUUGUCCUUAAGCUAUAGAUAGGGACUCUAAUAUUGCUUUUACAUUUCACCUUUGCAAAGUCAAGCUUUUUAGGACAUUGUGCAAAAGCCUGUGCGAAUCUUACUCAAAUGCAUCUCAACAUCCAUGAGGAAUGGACACUACAGUAAUACUGCUAAGCAUACCUGUAGUAGCAAUUUAGAACAUCCUUCCACAAUCUGUCACCCUCCAGCUAUUUUGAGCCACAACUCCCAUCAGUCCCAGAGAGCAUGGUUGAUGGUCAGGGAUUUGGGGGCGUUGUAGUCCAUCUGGCGGACGCCAUGUUUGGGAAGAAUGGUUUAGAGCAGUAGUCUUCAGUCUUUUCAGACCCAGGCCCUGCUUUUAACCCAAACAUGCAUUUCUUAAUCUUUUACUGUAUAUUUUCAUAGUGGGUCCUGGCCCACCAGCUGAAGACCAGUAACUGGAAGCAUUAUUCACACAUCAAUCCCAUCAUCCUUGCAACAACCACAUAAGCAGAUGAGUUUUGUUAUCUAGGGUGGCUUGAUUUGAAUAAAGGCAAUUUAAACAAAUCAGUUUAUAUCACUGAGGGGAGAAAAGACCAAUCUCACUCACUUAUUCAAAUCAAAUUUCCCAUUGUGAAAUUAAUAUGCCGAACAUGUGUACAUACUUACUGGUUGCUAUAACAGUUGAAACAUUUGUUUCAAGCUGCUUUGAACUCUUGCACAAUCUUGGACUAUUACCAAACCCUUUGCUCAUGUAGCCUAUGUGAUUUUUGCACCGCACAAUUGUUUUUGUAACAGUAUGACAGAGGCAUCGUUUCUGGUGAUGUGCACCCUAAUCUCUCUUGUUCUGCUGUGGUCAAUCGAGGUGUGCUGGUUUCUGAAGCACUACAGAAACCUAUUUGGCCUGAGAGUGAUGGGGAACCCCUGGUCCUCAAUAUGUUGUUGGGCUUCCCUAGCUCUAAGAACUAGGCAGCCACCAACCUAUUUUAUUUAACUUUAAUUCUGGACACACAGAUAAAGAAGACGAAUUAAAACACAGAAGUUCUGAACGUCUCUUCAGAAAAGUGUGUGAAUGUCAACAUUGGAGACAUUUUAAAAAUCUAGGGCUGGGUUGAGAAACUUUGACAGCCCUCCGCAUACUGUUGGACUCAACUCCCAUCAGCUGCAGCUAGCAUGGCCAAUAAUCAGGGGUGAUAGUGAAGGAGGGAUCGAACAAGAUAUAUUCUAAACCCCAAGUGCAGAAAAGUAAUUAACUAAGUUUGUUUGUUUGUCUGCAAAUGUGCUCAAGGCUGGAAACAAAAGGAGAUUUUCUUUCCUUCUUUCUGACCGCAUUCAGCCUGUUUGCAAGUUCAAGAGAAGUUCAGUCCAUCCAGACAAACAGGACAGGAGAGCAGUUUGGCAGCCAGCCAAUUGUUUGAAGUAGAUAGGAGCUGUCGGUUUCCUUUUUAAAUUCUUUCCUUUUUGCUAAAGUAAGCAAUGUAUUGCUUUAAAAACCUUUAAAAUUAAGGUUUAAAAACCUUUAAAAUUAAGAAGAUUGUUUACAAAAUAACCCACAAUGAUCUCUUCCCCAAGUUCAGUGGGUUUUGCUUUUGCUUUUUAAUCAUGCAGGAAGACCUUGAUGUCUUAUAAAAUCACGGCAACCUUGUUGGUGCCUUGGUCCAUGAGUGCCACACUGUCAAAUACUUCGGUGCUUGUUCAAACUGCAAGACACAGGGUUGGGGGUGGGGACAUCAAAAUGGAACCAAAAACUCUACCUUUUUUUGCCAAUAAAUUAAUUGGGCUUUUAAUGAUUAUUGGAAGCAUUCUAGUUUAAUCAUUACCUUUGUUUAUAACCUCUGUACUUAAGUGACUGCUGUUUCCCAGCAUUCUGCUUUAGAGUCGGGGGCAUUGUCUGCUGAAGGAGGAGAUAAGUGA